ACGACGACUCCGACCAGCGACCAACGACAACUCGCCCAACCGACACAAUGCCCGCCUCAAAGAAGCAUGUCCCUAUCGUCAAGAAGCGCACUGCGCAAUUCAAGCGCCACCAGUCGGACCGCUUCAUGCGCGUAGACCCCAGCUGGAGAAAGCCCAAGGGUAUCGACAAUGCCAUGCGCCGUCGCUUCAAGGGCCAGGCCGUCAUGCCCAAGAUCGGUUACGGAUCCAACAAGAAGACCCGUCACAUGAUGCCCUCCGGCCACAAGGCUUUCCUCGUCAACAACGUCCGCGAGCUCGACCUUCUCCUCAUGCACAACCGCACCUACGCCGCUGAGAUCUCUCACGCCGUCUCUGCCCGCAAGCGCAUCGACAUUGUCGCCCGCGCUAAGCAGCUCGGUGUCAAGGUCACCAACGCCAAGGCCAAGAUCACCACCGAGUCAUAAGCGCUUUCGUUGUAGUGGUUUAUCGGACUUUUCUUCUUUCAAGCAGAACCCGGCGCAGAGAGGAGGGGAAACUUUUAGUAGCAUUUGAUCCUGCUCAAUACGGAACGGCCCUCGGACGAUAAAAGAUCUGGCUUCUUGGGUGGUGGUCAAUAGGCGAAACAUUUUUCAUCACAACAAAAAAAACUUGCAAUGAAAAACGCUUCGAGGCUACGUUGUGUCGCGAAUUACAAAUGAGGGAAUCAAAAAGACAUGGCUUUAUGAUCA